AUGAAGUACACUGCCGCCAUUCUUGCAGCUGCGUUCAGCGUUGCCAAUGCUCAAUUCCAACCCAUUGUGGAUGCCGGAGAAUACUCCACCCUUUUGGGUGCUGUUGUCUCGACUGGAAAUGACGCAACUCUUGUGUCCAAUGCCCCCGUCACCAUCUUUGGACCCAAGGAUUCCGCCUUUGCAGCCGUCCAAGACAUUGUCGACGGAUUGUCCGAACAAGCGCUUAGUGACGUCCUUCUUAAUCACGUCGUUGUCGGAGCUGCUGUCAAUUCCACCCGAGUUGUCGAAGAAGGAUGCAUCGAGGCCGAAACCGCCGGAGGACUCAUGCUCGGAAUCCUAUUCAACCCCGAUGACAGCACGGUCACCGUGAAUGGAAUCCCCGUGACUACCGUUGACAUUGCUGGUGACUACGGCAUCCUCCAUGGAAUCGAAUCCGUCCUCAUCCCUGGUGAGCAGGGAGAUUUUGUUCCCUGUCCAGCAUUUGCAGCCGACUUUACGCCCAUUGCCGAUAAGGGAAUCUACAGUACUCUUUUGGAUGCAGUAGUCUCUACUGGAAAUGACGCUGUCAUUAGCCAAAAUGCUCUUGUCACCAUCUUUGGACCCAACAACGAUGCCUUUGCUGCCAUUCAAGAUACCGUUGAUGGUCUAUCCACUGAAGCGCUCUCUGGCGUUCUUUUGAACCACGUCGUCAAUGGAGCCUUGGAAUCUAGUGCUGUUGUCGAAGCUGGAUGUAUCGAAGCCGUUGCCGCUGGAGGCAUGAACCUUGCCAUCCGAUACAACGCCACCACUCAGGUUGCUGAUGUCAACGGAAUUGUCAUCACCGAGUUUGAUGUCACUGGUAACUAUGGAGUCUUGCAUGGUAUUGAGAGCGUCAUUACCAGCUCUGAUGGAUACGUUGCAUGCCCGGUUCCUUCCGUCGUUGAGCAAGUUGCUGCCAACGGAAAUUACAGCACCCUUCUUGGCUUCCUUGACAACCCAUUGCUUCAAGGACAACUUGAGAAUGUUGGGCCCAUCACUAUCUUUGGACCCAACGAUGCAGCCUUCGCCGCCGUGUCUAGCGACCUUGAUGGAAUCGACCAAGCUACUUUGAUCCAAACUCUUGGAGGCCACGUCGUCGCAGGAGUCUACACUGCUGCCGAUGUCAAGGCUGAAGGAUGCGUCCUCCUUGAUACCAUUGUCGGAACCAAGGUUCGUGCCAUGUUCGUCGAAAGCGACGACGGUUGCCGCAGAAAGUUGGCGGGACACGAAAUGCCCACCGACCCUUGCUGCCGCAGAAGAUUGGCCGGACACGAAAUGCCCGCCGACGAUGGUUGCCGCAGAAACUUGGCUGGACAUGAAAUGGUUGAUGACUCUUCCAUGGGUCACGUCAUGAUCAACGACGCCAUGGUCAUCCUUGCCGAUAUCGAAGACGGGACCAGCAUCUUCCAUGGACUUGAUAAGGUUCUUCUCGGAGGCACCUUUGAAUGCCCAACCGAUGCUCCUGCUGAUGGCCCAACCGCUUCGCCUGUCGCUGCCGGUGACGAGGGAACUAUGGAUGAAGGAUCCAGUGCUUCUUUCUCUGGAAUCUCUGCAUUUUUGGCCGCUGUUGUUGCCCUUUCCGCCUUUGUCUUCUAA